AUACAACCAUAAGAGAAUUGAUCACUCAAACCCUAAUUGAGAGGUGAGAAAAUUCUCUGGUUGCAAUUGUGGCUAUUAGGGAAUGCAGAGAGAUGAUAUCAGAGACUUCCUUUUCUAAAUCUCAGACCGGUGGUAGGGCCGAGAAGAACGCCGACGACCGGAAUUUCCACCGGAAACACGUCGAGGACGGGUGAUCGAUCACUGAUAAUCUCAUAUUCCUUUCGAUUCCUGUAAGUUUCCUUGCUUUUUGUAUAAUCAAUUUGACGAGAAAUGGAAGAGAAAGGAGAUAAGUGUAGCGCGUUACACGGGAAGUACGAUCUCGGACGGCAGUUAGGGCAUGGAACUUUCGCGAAGGUUUAUCAUGCUCGGAAUCUGCAGACAGGGAAGAGCGUGGCGAUGAAGGUUAUUGGGAAGGAGAUGGUGGUUAAAGUUGGAAUGAUGGAGCAGGUUAAACGAGAGAUCUCGGUUAUGAAGAUGGUUAAACAUCCAAAUAUCGUUGAAUUAUAUGAAGUUAUGGCGUCCAAAACGAAGAUCUACAUCGCUAUGGAACUCGUACGCGGCGGUGAACUCUUCUCCAAAAUCGCUAAAGGUCGUUUACGGGAGAAUUCAGCUAGACAUUACUUCCAGCAAUUGAUCUCCGCUAUUGAUUUCUGCCAUAGCCGAGGUGUCUAUCAUCGUGAUCUAAAGCCUGAGAAUUUAUUACUUGAUGGUGAUGGAAACUUGAAAGUAACCGAUUUUGGAUUAAGCACAUUCUCCGAUCAACUACGACAAGAUGGUCUUCUUCAUACGACAUGUGGAACUCCGGCUUAUGUUGCGCCGGAGGUAAUUUUGAAGAAAGGAUAUGAUGGUGCUAAGGCGGAUAUUUGGUCUUGUGGGGUUAUCCUGUUUGUUCUUUUAGCAGGUUUUUUACCGUUUCAGGAUGAUAAUAUAAUGGUUAUGUAUAGGAAGAUCUACAAAGGAGAAUUCAAAUGCCCACCAUGGUUAUCAUCUGAAUCGAGAAAAUUGAUUAGUAAAUUAUUGGAUCCGAAUCCAGAGACAAGGAUAACGAUUAGUAAGAUCAUGGAAUCUUCCUGGUUCAAGAAAGGAUUGGGGAAAGCUGUUAAGGUAGAUAAGAAGGAGAGUGAAUUUGUAAAAGAUAUGGAAAGUAUGAAUAUGAAUGCUUUCCAUAUAAUAUCUCUUUCAGAAGGGUUCGAUUUAUCUCCAUUGUUUGAGGAGAAGAGGAGAGUUGAGAAGGAAGAGCUACGAUUCGCAACGACUAGGCCUGCUAGUAGCGUGGUAUUGAGGCUGGAAGAGAUGGCGGCGAAGGCAGGGAAAUUUGAGGUGAUGAAGAAGGGAGGAGGAGAAGAGAAAGCAACAAGUGUUAGAUUGCAGAGAUUAGAGAAUGGAAGAAAAGGGCAAUUGGGGAUAUCGGCAGAUAUGUUUGCUUUGACGCCAUCGUUUCUUGUUGUGGAGGUGAAGAAGACGAGUGGGGAUACGUUUGAGUAUAAUCAGUUCUGUAGAACGGAACUUCGGCCAGCGCUGAAAGAUAUUGAAUGGACAUCACUUUCCGAGCACCCGACACCUGCUUGAUGAAUUCAUGUCUGUUUGUUUGUUUGUUGAAUCAUAGCUGGCCAAUGUGUAUAGUAAUGUUUGUGAUUUAGGUAUCUGUUUAUGUUCAUCAGUUGGUAAUGUGUCCAGUUGGGUAAUUUGAUAGAUAUGUUUGUUUUUAUGUUUGUUUGGUUAUGGUGGAGGUGACUUUCAAUGAAUUUGUACACAAUUUGGCUA